AUGAGUGGUAAAGUUCCUGGUAAUCCUCCUGAUGGCCGCCCAGACCUGUCAGCGGCUCGAACCCUGACAGUCUUACCUGACGCCCAGCCGCCUCCUGGGGAGAAAGAUUCUGCUGUGGUGGUUCUACUGGAGGAUCCGGUGACUACUGUCUGUGGACACAGCUACUGUAAGAGUUGUAUUAACAACCACUGGGACAAAGGGGAGGAGAGAGGAAGCUACAGCUGUCCUCAGUGUAGACAGACCUUCACCCCAAGGCCUGUCCUGGAGAAAAACACCAUGUUAGCUGAUUCAAAAGAGGAGCUGAAGAAGACUGGACUCCAAGCUGCUCCUGCUGAUCACUGCUAUGCUGGACCUGAAGAUGUGGCCUGUGAUGUCUGCACUGGGAAAAAACGGAAAGCUCUCAAGUCCUGUUUGAAUUGUUUGGCCUCUUAUUGUGAGAAACACCUCCAGCGUCAUCUCCAGUCUGCUCCAUCGAAGAAGCACAAGCUGGUGGAGCCUUCGGCUCAAGUGGAUGUUUUACUGCCACAACCAGAGCAAGAGCCCAGAGCUGACUUCUUAAAAUAUUCACAGGAAAUCACACUGGAUCCAAACACAGCAAACAAUGAGCUGUUAUUAUCUGACGGAAACAGAAAAGUAACAUGGAUGAAAGAAGGACAGUCUCAUUCUAAUCACCCAGACAGAUUCACUGGUUGGCCUCAGGUCCUGAGUAGAGAGAGUCUGACUGGACGUUGUUACUGGGAGGUGGAGGUGGAAGGAGCAGUUUAUGUAUCAGUCACAUACAAGAAUAUCAGCAGAGCAGGAGGCUCACAUAGAUGUUUAUUUGGAAACAAUGAUAAAUCUUGGUCAUUACAUUGUUAUGGAACCAGUUAUAGCUUUUAUUACAACACCAUCCACACUCAAGUGUCAGGUCCUUGGUCCUCCAGAGUAGGAGUGUACCUGGAUCACAAGGCAGGUGUUCUGUCCUUCUACAGCGUCUCUCACACCAUGACUCUCCUCCACCGAGUCCAGACCACAUUCACUUACCCUCUCUAUGCUGGAGUUAAUGUUUAUUAUCAUGGAUCCAGAGCUCAGUUCUGUAAACUCAAAUAG